UCCACAUCUAAAGGACAAGAUAAUACAUGCAAACACAAUGGAAAAAACUACAGUUGGGAUUUCCCAUUUUCUCAGGAAAAUGGGUCUCUAUUAUGGCAUAAAAGUGUUCCCUUCAUGGAGAAUCUGGAGAAAGGCAUAGAGAAUGGAAGGAGCUUCUGUGAAAGGAAGACUUUUACUGCUGAGAAAAGGAACCAGAAGGAGAAACCAUAUAAAUGCAUGGACUGUGGAAUGGGAUUCCAUAAAAUUGCAUCCCUGAUGAGACAUAAGAUAAUUCACACAGGUGAUGCACCAUAUAAAUGCAUAGAGUGUGGAAAGGGCUUCAACAAAGAGCGUAAUCUUACAUCCCAUGAAAGGAUCCACACAGGAGAAAAGCCAUAUAAAUGCAUGGAAUGUGGAAAGACCUUUAUGCGCAAAAGCAAUCUUACUGCCCAUAAAAGAAUCCACACAGGGGAGAAACCAUAUAAAUGUAAGGAGUGUGGAAAAGGCUUUCGAGAUAAUGGGUCUCUUGUGAAACAUAAAACAAUCCACACAGGGGAUAAACCAUACAAAUGCAUGGAGUGUGGAAAGGGCUUCUGUACACACAGUAAACUGACUAGGCAUAAAAGGAUCCACACAGGAGAGAAGCCAUAUAAAUGCACACAGUGUGGAAAGACUUUUAGUCAGAGCAGUAACCUUACUUCCCAUCAAAGGAUCCACACGGGGGAGAAGCCAUAUAAAUGCAUGGAAUGUGGGAAGAGCUUCAGCAAAAACACUGGUCUUACUUCCCAUCGAAGGAUCCACACAGGAGAGAAGCCAUAUAAAUGCACACAGUGUGGAAAGACUUUUAGUCAGAGCACUGCCCUUACUUCCCAUAAAAGGAUCCACACGGGGGAGAAACCAUAUAAAUGCAUGGAGUGUGGAAAGGGCUUUACUUUAAACCAUUCUCUUACAAAUCAUCAAAGGAUCCACACUGGGGAGAAACCAUAUAAAUGCAUGGAGUGUGCAAAGUCUUUUAGUCACAGCCAUCAACUUACUUGCCAUAAAAGGACCCACACUGGGGAGAAACCAUAUAAAUGCAUGGAAUGUGGAAAAGGCUUUAGUGUAAACUAUUCUCUUAUUUCCCAUAGAAGGAUCCACACAGGGGAGAAACCAUAUAAAUGCACACAGUGUGGAAAGGGCUUUACUUUAAACCGUUCUCUUACAUAUCAUCAAAGAAUCCACACAGGGGAGAAACCAUAUAAAUGCACACAGUGUGGAAAGACUUUUAGUCAGAGCGGUACCCUUACUUGCCAUAAAAGAAUCCACACAGGAGAGAAACCAUAUAAAUGCACACAGUGUGGAAAGGGCUUCACUUUAAAUCGUUCUCUUACAUAUCAUCAAAGAAUCCACACGGGGGAGAAACCAUAUAAAUGCACACAGUGUGGAAAGACUUUUAGUCAGAGCGGUGCCCUUACUUGCCAUAAAAGAAUCCACACAGGAGAGAAGCCAUAUAAAUGCGCACAGUGUGGAAAAACUUUUAGUCAGACAGGUGCCCUUACUGGCCAUCUAAGGAUCCACACAGGGGAGAAGCCAAGAUAAAUGCAUGGACUUUGGAGAAAGCUUUAGGAGGAGAAAUGACCUAAUUUUCCAUACAGAGAUAAGCUUGGGUUGAAGGUAUGUUAAUUCUAGAAAGUUAGUUACAUUUAUGAAUUUUCGUAUUUACAGAGGCUGAGCUUUUUCUUAGCUUGAUCAUUCCUAUUGUCUGACCAAGGAAUAUGAAUUUUAUAAUGAAAAUAAAAACAAUGGGCAAGUGCCAUUUUAAUUAUGACCUUGAUUAUUGAUGGCAUCUAUAUUUAAGUAUGAUUUAUUUACUUUUCAAAAGUGAGAUUCCACUCCCCAUUUGUUCUUCCCACUUGAUCACACCUAAAAGGAUUUAAAUUCCCCUUCUGUAUCAAUUGUUUCUCAUUUUGUCAUUCAUUAAAAACACUCAAUUAGAGUACUUUUCUCUGUCCUCAGAAAAGUUGGAAAUGGUGAAGCAGAGAGAUUUUGGGCUUUCUAAAAUAUGUGUAUAAUCCAAAGCGAAUUCAAGUUCCAUCUAAGUACAGAGUGAGGUAGAAUUUGAAAUUGAGUUGUCCCAUUGCAUUAACAGUGACAAGUCAGAGGCUUUGUUUGAAUUUGUCAUGAUUCCCCCUCUCUCUCUUUUGUCCGAAGUUAGGGAUACUCACUAAAAAUAAAAAAGUGAUGCCUGUGCUAUCCAGCCAGUAUAUAGUUAAUGGGAUGUGGGAUAGUUAGGAAUUAGGAGCUGUCCCCUUAAGGGAAUGCAUCAUGGUAAAUGUAGUUAAAGGUAUCCUGGGAAAUGUAGUCCAUGUCAUGUGGGCACAUCUGUAAUCCUGAUUGGUCACUGA